AUCAAAAUUGCUAAAGUUUGUUUUGUCUCUCGAAGGACGGGCACGGUUUUAAAAUUUCCCGUAACCCGUUGCUAUGAGAUAAGAAAUCAAUCACUAAGUUUUCAAUAAUAAAUUCGUUGUUGAAUUAAAAUGUGAAUAUCCAAGUUUUUAAAUAUGAUAAAUUCUCGUAAAACGAUUGUCACAUGCGUUUUAUUCUCUCUCCGUGUGGAAAAGUAGUCUUCUGGGAAGAAUCAGUUAUAUGUACGCAGCGGGAAUGACAAUUAUGGCAGUUUCUGUUGGGGAAAUUUGCGAGAACACAAAGCUUGCCCGCGAAAUGGCCUUGAUGGGAAACUAUGAGUCGGCUCUCGUCUACUAUGAGGGUACAGUGCAAAUGAUCCAUAGACUUCUCAUCACGAUUGCAGAUCCUACACGCAAGUCAAAGUGGCAACUGGUCCAACGACAAAUGGCCCGUGAGUACGAGCAGCUGAAAGGGACUGUGGCCACUGUCCAGAUGUUCCAGCAUGAGGGAGAUAAACCCAUUACACCGCUCGGUGGAAAUCUAGAAGACUUACCGACCCGAGAUAUGAUCUGGGCACCCGCGCCGCAUGAACUAGAUCCAGACAUCUGGCCACCACCGCCUGAUAGAGAUCCCAGCGCUUGGCCCUCACCUACCAGCGUUGAACAUAAGGGUCCCCCACCAUUGAAAUCAGCCCGCAACAACCCGCGAAAUAACCGGACAGCCGAUGCCAAGAAACCUGCACCUAAGACAGCAACCACCUCGCAAAGAAAGACCUCAGAUGUACGAAACCCCAAAAUUAAUACAAAGGCACAUAGCGCAAAAACAAAAGACACAAACAAAGAUCACAAUAAAGACAAGCAGGACAGAGACAACAAUAAUGGAGACAGAGACACGGAUGAUGAGAAACACAAAGAGGACGAGCGACGGUUUGAGCCCAACUCCUCAGCUGAUAACGACUUAGUCGAUAUGUUAGAAAGAGAUAUAGUACAAAAGAACCCAAACAUACGGUGGGAUGAUAUCGCAGAUCUUUCUGAAGCCAAGCGGUUGUUGGAAGAAGCCGUUGUCUUACCUCUGUGGAUGCCAGACUUUUUCAAGGGAAUCCGUCGGCCGUGGAAAGGCGUUUUAAUGGUUGGACCCCCUGGCACAGGCAAGACGAUGCUUGCCAAAGCAGUCGCUACAGAAUGUGGAACUACCUUCUUCAACGUUUCUUCGUCUACCCUCACUUCAAAGUACCGAGGAGAGUCUGAGAAACUUGUUAGACUAUUGUUUGAAAUGGCCCGAUUCUACGCCCCAUCAACGAUAUUUAUAGAUGAGAUAGACUCGUUGUGUUCCCGGCGAGGUUCGGACAGCGAACAUGAGGCCUCGAGACGAGUCAAGUCAGAGCUGCUUGUUCAAAUGGAUGGACUUACAGACGAACCUGGAAAGGUUGUUAUGGUAUUAGCAGCAACAAAUUUUCCCUGGGAUAUAGAUGAGGCACUCCGGCGUCGGCUUGAAAAGAGAAUAUAUAUCCCUCUGCCAACGCAGGAAGGUCGGGAAGCAUUACUCCAAAUAAACCUUCGCGAGGUCAAACUAGAUCCAGAAUUGGAUUUGCAAGCGGUGGCCAAAAAGCUGGAUGGAUACUCCGGAGCAGACAUCACUAAUGUUUGCAGGGACGCCUCAAUGAUGUCCAUGAGACGAAGAAUCACUGGUUUGAAACCGGAGCAGAUAAAACAACUGGCCAAGGAGGAAUUGGACUUGCCGGUCACCAAACAAGAUUUCCUCGAGGCUAUAUCGAAAUGUAACAAGUCCGUAUCGAAGGGUGACAUUCAGAAAUAUCUCACCUGGAUGGCGGAGUUUGGCUCCUCCUGAUUGACGUAGAUUUCGUCUAUGAACUGUUGUGUGGCACUUGUCAGAAAAUAAAUGGCGCGCUGUCAAUUAUUUA